UAAAUGAAAAAUAUUAUAACAUAUCGUCAAUAAAAGUUCAAUAAAGAUUGAUUAGAAAUUUCUUGAAGAAAAUAAAGAAAUAAAAGCAGUAAAAAUGAUAAACCUAAAUCGGUUCAAACUGCCUCCGUUCAAGAAUGCCCUGGACGUGGCGAUGCAGACAGUUCGCCAGCAGAUACCAGAUAAGCCUGGACCUCCCCCUCGACCCCCACAGAAUGUCCGAUUUGCGAAUCUCGAUAACAUGGGCGAGAGCUGCGAGCUAUCCACUAUGAACGAAACUACGUCCCCGACGUACCAAUCAACCAAUCCUACCAACCCAUUCCUCAGUGGAAACCUGCAGGCUGAAGACUCCUUCACGAGCUACCAGAACACGUAUCCUCAGCAAGAUGGAGCUCCAAGGACCCAGAGUAUGCAAAGCGUUGAUUUUUACGCUUCUUCUGAAGAAGGGGGUUUUGAAGAGGGCGGAGGCAAACCUGGAGCAAAAAUCAACGAGUUUCAAGCUGCAUGGAAUGUAACCAAUGCUAUUCAGGGAAUGUUCGUGGUAUCUCUACCAUUUGCAGUACUUCAAGGAGGCUACUGGGCCAUCGCGGCUAUGAUUGGUAUAGCACACAUCUGUUGCUACACCGGAAAAAUACUGGUUGAAUGCCUGUACGAAGACGAUCCAGUAACAGGACAACGCGUAAGAGUGCGCGAUUCCUAUGUAAGCAUUGCCAAAGAAUGCUUUGGCAGAAAAUAUGGUGCACGUAUUGUCAAUAUAGCCCAAAUCAUUGAACUUCUCAUGACUUGCAUCCUUUAUGUCGUUGUCUGUGGAGACCUUAUGAUCGGAACCUUUCCUGAUGGUUCCAUUGAUACGCGAUCAUGGAUGAUGCUCACAGGAAUAUUUCUUCUUCCACUAGCGUUCUUGAAGUCUCUUAAAAGUGUCAGUAUGCUGUCCUUUUGGUGCACUAUGAGUCACUUGAUAAUAAACGCUAUUGUGCUUGGCUACUGUAUUCUCUACAUCGGUGAAUGGGGCUGGGGUAAAGUCAAAUGGAGUUUAGACUUCGAAAACUUUCCCAUCAGUUUAGGAGUUAUCGUAUUCUCUUACACGUCUCAGAUUUUCUUGCCCACUCUCGAAGGAAACAUGGAAGAUCGCUCUAAAUUCGAGUGGAUGUUGGAUUGGUCCCAUAUUGCGGCAGCAGCCUUCAAAUCCAUCUUUGGAUACCUUUGCUUUUUGACAUUCCAAAAUGAUACUCAGCAAGUGAUAACUAAUAAUCUGCGAUCUGCUGGUUUCAAGGGACUUGUGAAUUUUUUCCUCGUAGUCAAAGCUGUGCUGAGUUACCCUCUGCCGUAUUACGCCGCAUGUGAUUUGCUAGAACGCGCUCUCUUUAGGGGUAAACCCAAGACAUUGUUUCCUGUCAUCUACGCGCUUGAUGGAGAGUUAAAAGUGUGGGGUCUUGCUUGGAGACUCGGUGUGAUAAUGUUUACAGUUUUGAUGGCUAUAUUUAUUCCCCAUUUCGCUAUACUGAUGGGCUUUAUCGGUAGUUUCACUGGUACUAUGUUAAGCUUCAUCUGGCCUGCGUAUUUCCAUUUGAAAUUGAAGGGUAGCCAACUUGAGAGUUCCACCAUUGCUUACGACUACUUCAUCAUAGGUCUUGGAGUUUUGUUCGGAAUUAUAGGUAUGUACGAUUCUGGCUCUGCUCUCAUAAAAGCGUUUAAGAUAGGCUUACCCUUCUAA